AUGCAAGAAACGUUCAAAAUUGGGUCUAAGACAGUUAUACUUCUUGGUUUAACAACCAAUCUCUUUGGUCUUGCUUUGGGAUCUGUUAUCCUUUCGUCUUUGUCAGAGAUAUAUGGCCGCCGACCGAUUUAUCUCAUCUCGGUUUUUUCCUUCGGGCUUCUUAUAUUGCCAGUUGCUCUUGCACCCAAUAUCGAAGCCAUUCUUAUCAGUCGAUUUUUAGGUGGCUUUUUCGGGGGAACAAUGAUUGCAGGCGCACCAGGAAGUGUAACAGAUGUUACAGACGAUAAUUACCGUGCAUUGGCAUUAAGUUGCUGGAGCCUUGGAACUAUGAACGGGCCAGUUCUUGGUAUGAUUUCCGCGGUGAAUAACAUUUUAUGCCGUAUGGCUAAUUCUAAGCUGGGUGCUGGACAUACAGGUCCCAUAAUCGGUGGUUUUGUGUACGAGUAUCUCGGCUGGCGUUGGAUCAAUUGGCUUGUCCUGAUCUGUACUGGAGUUUCCUUGCUCUUGAUAUUUCUGGUCAAAGAGACCUAUGCACCCGCUCUUCUACGGAAAAGGACAAAACUCAAACAGAAAGAAACCGGUGAUCAACGUCUUUUCUGGAACUUAUAUGUUGGAGUUGUUUAUGCAGUUCUCUUCCUAUGUUUUGUGGCCUAUCCUAUUGUUUUCCAAGAGCUUCGUGGCUGGUCUCCGGGCCUUGCUGGGCUUAGCUAUUGUGGAAUCGGGACAGGUACUGCAAUAGCUGUUGUCCUGGAGCCCAUCAUUCGAAAGAUUAUUUCCAAGCACCCGCGCGAUCGAUUUACUGGACGACCAGCUCCAGAGGCUGCAGUUUUUGCCAUCUGUAUCGGAAGUGUUCUGAUUCCAGUUGGCGAAUUUUGGUUUGCUUGGACCGCACGGCCACCCGUUCACUCGAUUUACCCUAUAGUUGCCGGUCUUCCAUUCGGACUCGGGAAUGGUUUGACGUUCAUCUAUGCAACAAACUACAUUGCGGGAAGUUACACCGUAUAUGCAGCAUCCGGGCUGGCGGGCAAUUCGAUUAUUCGUUACGGCCUGGCUGGAGUUCUCCCCCUUGCCGGUUCCAAGAUGUACCACACCUUGGGGCCAAACUGGGCUGGGACAUUGCUUGCUCUCGUUGAAACGGUCCUCAUUCCUAUUCCUUUCAUCUUUUACAAAUAUGGUCAUAGAAUCCGUGAGCGAAGCCCCAUGAUUGCGAAAGGAAGUGGCACGGAGAUUGUUAUUUCCUAA